UUUCGCAGCAGUGUCUCUAAUAACAUAUGCGCCACCCUUUUAGCGCAUCACUAUUUUCAAGAUGGCGGCCAUUUCUAAGCAAGAGUACCUCAAACGUUAUUUGUCAAAUUCCGAAGGUGAAAAAAAGAAGAAGAGAAAGAAAGUUCCCAAGGCCUCUUCAAAAUAUCCAAAAUCUAUCAUUGUGGAUGAUGAUAUCGAUAUCAGAGAUAUUAAAGUUUAUGAUUCUGCACAAGACGUAAACGAACUGGAAGGCGAUGUUGACGAAGCUCCAGCAGUUUUUGAAGAAGAUGGUAUCACAAAAGUAUCGAUAGAAUCAUUCAAGAAAAGAGAGGAAGACCAAAGAAACAAGUGGGCGCCGAUAAGUGGAGCGACUCAGUCAUAUAGAGAGGAAGAGGAUAGAUUAAAUUUUGAGAGUGAGAACCCAACACCACGAAUGACAGGCAGAAAGAGACUGGAUACACCUGACUUGUCUCCUCGACGUGGUGGAGAUGUUUACAGCUUAGACCAAUCACCACCUAGGAAAAAAUCUUCGCGUAGAGCUGUAAGAGAUUCACCUUCAAUCCAUAAUGGGAGGAAAGAUGCCUCUCCCGCAGCAGAUCAGAGUCCUCCAAGAGCGAGGCGGAGAAGGCAUGAUUCUGGUGAUUCUCUACCAGAGCAGUCACAAGAUCACAGUCUUGAUUCACCACGGUUACAAGAAAGUCCCAAUAGGUCUCCUGUGAGGAGACAUAGGAAUGAUUCUUCCGACCUUUCACCUCCCAGGUCGGAACUGAAUAAAGAAUUGGAUCAAUCACCGCUAAGGAAAAGAGCAAAUAGUGACUCUGAUCAGUCACCUGUUAGAAAACGUGCAAACAUUGAAUCUGAUCAGUCACCCCCUAGAAAACAUGGUAAUGGUGAUUCAGACCAGUCACCACCAAGAAGACAAAAAAAGCCUGAUAGGAGAGACAUAAGAACAGAAAGUGGGAAACAAAAGAGAGUGGAUAAACGUGAAGAAAGAAUGGCUAGUGGUUAGUGAAACUGUGAAGUUUAUUUCUUUGCUUUUGAUCUUCAAGUUGCAAAGUUAUACAGGUGUUGCAUUGCUGAAAGUUUAGAGAAAGCUCCAUAUUUUCUGAAUUUUUCCAGCCAUCUGUAAUCAACAUAAAGUUAAUUUUUUUCUGGACUGAGUUUUGUGAACAAACAAUGGUCCAGACUUACAAGGAGAGAAUGUGACCAAGUAUUUUAGAAACUAGAUUUACAUGUAGUUCCCCUUUUAGCUGGGGAAUGUUUGCUGGUAUUUGACUUUUUUUUUCUCUUUUAUGUUAGAGGUUCUCAGAACUGUAUGUGAUCUGCCUCUAUAAACUUCCUAAAAUGAUUAAACUUUUUCUGUUGGUGUAGGACAGAAAGCUGGUCUUCUGAGUGGAAGUGACUUGAAGCAAGAAAAUGAAAGGAAACGGCAGAGAGAAGCUGAAAUGUUUGCUACAAUGGAUCCAAGUAUAUCAGGCAAAGGUUCAGAAACAGUGUACCGAGAUAAAAUGGGAAGAAAAAAGGACAUCAAGUUAGAGAGAAUUAAAAGAAGGGAGGAGGAAAGAAAGGAGACAGAAGAGAAUGAGAAAUUUAUGGAGUGGGGAAGAGGGUGAGUGUUUUCAUUAUGGUAGAUCUGUGAAAAUGCAAGCCCCAAUGUAAUCCCUAGUAAAUCAACCCUCUCCCGAAAAAAAUAUGAAGGUAUAGUUGGUUAAUUACUUGCACAAAAUGAGAUUGAAACUUUCCUCAGAGCAACAGAAAUUGGCAUUCAGAUGAAUUCAUAUUGGAUGCAAGAAGUUGACCAUUGAGGCACUACCAUUUCACUUAAACUGAUCAUUCCCAUAUUUCCUGACCCUCCCAACAUCACCCAGUUAGUAGAAGAUAAGUACACUCCUCAGAUCAUUUAAUUUUAUUUGUCCCUUCAAAAUGUCUUUGUUUAACUGAGACAGUGAAUUUUUACAUUUGAUAAUAUCAAAAUCACGAGAGAGAGCAUUGUCAACUCCAGGCAACUUUAAACCUAAUCUGAGCUUUUGUUUUUUUUUUCUUCAACUAAAAUUUUUGCAUUUUUUUUUGUCAACAGGGUAGCACAAACUAGAGAAAAUGAGGAAAAAGUUGCUGAUUAUCUACAUGAAGUGGAUAAACCACUGGCUCGCUACCGUGAUGAUGUUGACCUAGAUAAAAUGUUGAAAGAUCAGGAAAGAGAUGACGAUCCCAUGUUGGCUUACAUGAAGCAGAAAAAGGCUAAACAGAAUGUAAUGGAGGGAAAGAAAGGUUUGUGUCUUUUGGCUAUCAACUUGGAUUUUGUUUACAGGAGAGCUUUAAAGGGAUUCUCAAGCCAAUCACAGGAGUAAUGUUGAAAUUUUGUUUUUUACCACACUGAUUGAUGUUUAGGGAGAAGUAUGCUCCAUAAACCACAUAAUUGUUAGUGCCAUUAUGAAAAAUUGUAUUAGAAAUUUGUGUUGAGACUGCAAAAUGAAGUUCUAAAAGGAGGCAACACUUACUAAAAUGGAUCACAUUAUAGUUACUAACAAUUAUCUCCCUAUACUUAACACUUUACACCUCAACAUCAGUAUGCAUAUUCUCCACACUGUUCUCUAUACAUUUCAUUAGGUGCUAACAAGGACAAUUUGUUUAUCAAUCAAGAGCUUCUUUAGUUGGUGAUCAUUUCCUUUAUUCUUGUGACCUUACUGAGUGAUCCGGGGAUGGUAUUGUAAAGAAAAUUAGGAUACUAUUCACUGUCAGGGGUCAAAGGAUUAAGGUUGCUUCACAUGUUAGUGACUUCUAGUUCUCCCUGGUUUCAGUGCAGUAUUGUUUGUUCUGGUUUGCUUCAAUGUAAUAACACAUGCAUUUUUGUAGAUAUACUUUGGGUUUGGUUUUUAUGAUUCUAACUAAACAUGACAGGUAAAGCCAUCCAUAUGCUGUAAAAAAAGCUCUCAACCCUUUAACUCAUAAGUGACCAAGACAAAAUUUCUCCUUACAAUAUCAAUACAGUAUCAAGUAUGAAAGUGGUGAGAAUAAAGAAAAAUAAUAGUAAAGGGAUUAUUAGUUGAUCCAAUACCAAAUUCUCUGAACUAACAUCACAAGAACUAUAUGGCAAACAGUGAGGAGAGUUACUUAUGAGAUCUUAACUGUUUGGUACUUUUGUCCCUUUAACCCUUUGACCUCUUAGAGGGACUGGUAUUUAAUUUCUCCUUACAAUUUCACCGCUGAUUAAAAUGUUGAAGCCACAAGAAUAAAGAAAAUGAUCACCUACUCAUUCAAACAAGAAGCUCUUUAUUGACAAACAAAUUGUCUUUGUUAGCACCUCAAGAAAUGUAUCGAGAACAGUGUGGAGAAUAUGCUCACUGAUGUUAGGGUAGAAAGGGUUUAAUUUGAAGCUCACCUGACUUGCACUUUUGAACAAGUAAAUUUAGUAAUCAAUACUCUGCUGUGUUUUUUUUUUUUUUACAUAUCUUUGCACCCCUUUUUUCCUUUUGACAGAAAAACCUGUGUACAAGGGCCCAGAUCCUCCCCCAAACAGAUUUAACAUCAGACCAGGAUACCGCUGGGAUGGUGUGAACCGCUCGAAUGGCUUUGAGAACAAACGAUUUGCCAUGUUAGCCAACAAAGCUGCUGCACAGACAAAUGCAUAUAAAUGGAGCACUGAAGAUAUGUAAUUGGGGCAGUACAUCAGUUGAAACAGAAGCUAUUUUUUAGUGCAGAAUGUAUUUUUUGCAUGGUUGAGUGGAUGCUAUAUGUCCAGCUGUGAUGUAUAUGUUUGAUGUCAAUGACAAUAAAAUUUU